GCAAGUUUACAUCACAGCGGUUCAACGAAAUAUACUUAAUUAAAAAUAAAAAAAAUAAUGCCAGACAAUUAUAAUAUUUUUUCCAAUUUGGAUAUUGUGGAAUGGCCGGAAUAUGUAUCAGAGCGCCAACUCGAAGGAGAGUAUCUUGAAAAGGCGGAGAAAAUUUUAGACAUGGCCUUGGUGACACUGGAAGCCUACGAUGGACCGCGCUACAUUGUUGACAAAGUCAUUGGGGCCACACGAAAGGCAAUUUAUUUUUAUGAAAUUAAUGCCGAUUUAAUAGAUUCGACAGAAGCAGUACACAAAUGCAACAUUAUGAUUUUAUAUGAACCAUGGAUGAAGGCCAAUUGUAUAGCCCAGGCAGUUUUUGAAUUUGCCAAUGCUGAGAAAGAAAAUAUGAUUGUCGUCAAACGUAAAGACGAAGUGCCAUAUUACAGAAGUCCAGAAAUAUUUGAUGGCAAUACAAUUACACAUGCGGUGUCCUAUAUACCCUUGAGAAAUAUUUAUAAAACUGUGACGUAGUAAUAGAGUUAAAUAAAAUAAAAACAAAUACAUACCAGUUAA